AUGACACAAAUUAAUAAUUCUGAUACUAAAAGCGAAAGCAAUAAUUAUACCGAUACUUACACCACACGAUAUGGUAGAAAAUAUAAUGCAGCCACUAACUAUCUUCUCCCCAUGGAUGAAGGAGAUCGCUCAUCAUCUUCUAUUCGGAGGGUUUAUAGGGAUCAUCAAACACCCAUUAAAGAACAACUAGAAAAAGGGAUAAGCGUUUUAGAUAGCGCUUGUGGAGCUGGCGCACACUGGACUUUGACUAUGAAAGAACAAUAUCCUAAUUGUGUAUAUACUGGUGUGGACAUUUCAAAUGUAUUUCCGGCCGAAAAGUAUUCCAGUGUCAACUUUGUUAUGGGGAAUAUUUCAAAACGUAUUCCUGCUCCUGAUGAAUCUUUUGAUUUUGCCUUCCAGAAGUUACUUGGUUUAGCUUUUACAAGGGAGGAAUGGGACAGCAACCUCAAGGAAUUGUAUCGUGUUCUUAAACAUGGAGGAUAUGUUGAGUUAUCCGAGAUUUAUGCUGUAUCGGCAUGUAAUACGGGCCCUCUAAUGGAUCAAGUAAUGAAUGCAUUUAAGACUAUAUCCAAAUCCAAAGCUAUCAUAGUAGAUAAAGCACCAUAUGAAUUGGAGCAUUUGCUUACAAAAGCAGGAUUUACAAAUCCGAUGGUAAUUAUCCGUAAUAUGCCACUAAAUCACGGCGAACAUGGCAAAUUAUAUUGGAAGUGCAUGAGAGCCGCAUACGAAAUACUUAGACCUCAGUUUGCUCAAGUGUAUCCGGAAUGGAAUGAAGUAUCGUUUUUUGAAGACUUUUUAAAUUCUGCCGAAGAAGAAUGCUCUGAUACUAAAUGUUAUUAUGAGUGGAAAAUAUGCUAUGCACAGAAAUGA